AAAUAAAGAAACAACCUACGAUUUAGGUGCCCAUCUCCUUCUGAGAGUAUUAUACCUUCCAUGGUAUUUGCCUUUUUUGGUCACAAAUCCUUACAGACGAAGGCAGAGCAAAAAACCUGGCGACUUGGCGGGGUUUUUGUUUCCCUUCUUCUCCCCUUUUCCGACACGGCUACGUGCGUAUCGCCGAAACGAUACGCAUUCAUGAACCUAUAUAACACCAGAGCGCCAGCGAGGGAGGAGGAGAACCCAUCCCAUCCCAUCUCAUCUCCUCCUCUUUUCUCUUCUUCGUCGAAAUUCGGCGCACCGAGAGCCGAACUCGAGUCGUUCCACCUCAGAGGAUGCCAGUGCUAUAAAUAGAAAUGGCGGUGCUCGGUUUCGGUUCGUGUCGUAUCGUUUCGGCUUUUUUUCUUCUCUGACAGACGGACUGCCCGAUCCUCGGUGCUUCUUCGAUCAUUCUCACCUCUGGAAAUCGAUGCCUCAAGCCGGCGGCGUCGACUCUGUUCGAUUUACAGGAGAAGCUCGGAUGUUUCUCAUCUUCUCCAUCGAAAGCUUAAUCCUUUUCUAAAAAGGUGAAGUGCUCCUAGUCCUCGGCACAGUUCGCCGAUCAAUCGCAAGAGCUCUCUGUUCCAUGUAAAAGAGCAGGCUUUCUGCUGUUGUAGCUCUGGCUUCUACCCCAUUUCAAUUUCUUCUUGACGUCAUUAGCUGAUCAAUCCAAAAAGCUCUGUUUUCCAUGUAAAAGAGCAAGCUUUCUGCUGUUGUAGCUCUGGCUUCUGCCCAUUUCAAUUUCUUCAUGGCGACAUUAGUUGUCUUGUUGGUUCUCCUGAAUGAUUAUGCAUGUACGUGGCAGGUCCAUCUUUCUACUGGAUAAGGUUUGCACAAGAUUUUCCCUGGAGUUUGGCAUUUCCUGCAAAGAAUACAACUCCUUGUGUUCUGUGAUACCGUGUCAUCAUCAUGGGUGCCUGCUUAUCAAAAUCCAACAGAAUGCCCAAGUCACGGAAGUACUCUCUUAGAUCCAGAAAAUGCCAUGGAAAGGUUUCCGCCUCAAUUCCCGAUGCUCCCGUAGCCUGGUGCAACACUGAAAGCCAUUUUGCUCACAGUGAGUCAAUUCAUGUUGAGACUGCUGUAAAAACUCAUCGAAAGUCUGAACUUUCAAAUUUAACGUUCCAUCUAACCCAGUUGCAGUGGCAUCAUAGUCAGAUGGACACAAACGCGUUGUGCCAAGAAGAAGCAUGGUUUGACUGUGUCAGCAUCCUGGAAUCAGAUUCUGAUGAUGAUUUCAUUAGUGUUCAUGGAGACUAUUUUCCAUCGGUAGGCAGUGCAAUUGGGACCCAAAUGCUGCAGUUUGAAAAUGCUUCACGCUUCGUGGAUGGUAUGUGUAAGUUUGAGGAAUUUUAUGAUGACACUCAGAUAGCUUUGGCUGUUGAACAAUAUUUAAAAAGAGAUGAAGGUAGAACUGAGAAGCCCUUGAGCAAAGAUGAGAUUCCUAUGCGAAAAGCUGAUGAGGCAAAAUUUACCACCCAAGGAACUGACAUUUGUACCAAGAAGAAGAACAUUUUAGAUGACUUACAUUGUAGCUUUAAAGGUUCAAAGGAGGAUAAACAUGACACGGGAGAAAAAACUCAUGAAAACACCUUGAAGCAGAUGACAUCCUCUUGCACACCUCAAUUGGUUCAUUCUGUCAGUUUCAAUGAUAAGAUUGAACAAAUUAAUUGUGCUAGCCCGCCAUGCCAGAAAAGGAAAUCGGGAGUUAUUAAGCUUUCAUUCAAUAGAAAAUCUAAAGAUGGAGAUGAAACUACCGAAUUUUGUUCUUCAAAAAGAUACUUAUAUCAUCCCAGAGCCGGAUUGGUUGUCCCAUGUUCCAUGGGGGAGAAAUCAAUGCAAGGAUGCUGGUCUGUUCUAGAACCUUCGAACUUUAAGCUUCGUGGGGAAAGCUAUUUCAGAGAUAAGAAGAAAUCUCCUGCUCCAAACUAUGCCCCAUAUACCCCAAUUGGUGUAGAUUUAUUUAGUUGUCCUCGUAAAAUAAAUCACAUUGCUCAGCACAUCGACCUUCCAUGGGUAAAGGCACAUGAGAAAGUUCCCUCACUAUUGAUUGUUAAUAUUCAGCUGCCUACUUAUCCUGCUGCCAUGUUCCUUGGUGAUAGUGAUGGGGAAGGGAUGUGUCUUGUAUUAUAUUUCAAAUUAUCUGAUAAAUUUGACAAAGAGAUUUCUCCUCAAUUUCAGGAUAGCAUUAGGAGAUUUGUACAUGAUGAAAUAGAAAAGGUUAAAGGUUUUCCAAUGGACUCCUCUGCUCCUUAUAGAGAAAGGUUGAAAAUAUUGGCUGGUUUAGUUAAUCCGGAGGAUCUCCAUUUAAAUAGCACAGAAAAGAAGCUUGUACAUGCUUAUAAUGAAAAGCCAGUGCUUUCACGUCCUCAACAUAAUUUUUUCUGGGGUUCAGAUUACUUUGAGAUUGACCUCGAUAUACAUCGUUUUAGCUACAUAUCAAGAAAGGGAUUUGAAGCAUUUCGUGAACGGUUGAAACAUGGGAUACUCAAUCUUGGAUUAACCAUCCAGGCACAGAAACAGGAGGAAUUACCAGAGCAUGUCCUAUGCUGCCUGAGGCUGAACAAAAUUGAUUUCAUUAACCAUGGACAGAUACCAACACUUGUGAAGCUUGUCGAUGACUGAUAGCCAGAGUUAAAACAUGCUCUUGCUUUGGAAGCUGGUUGCUUGGCUGGAAGAGAAGCUCAGUUACUGAUAGACACCUGAAUAGGCAUUUAUUGGUUAAUUAAUAUAGAGAAAUUAUCUUACAAAUUAUAGAUGAUAAGUUUCCUCUUGAUCCAGAUCUCAGCAACAAUUUGUUCUUACACGCAGUAAUCUACUUUGAGUUAACUAACAAUGUGAAAAGUAUGCUAUACUAUUGUACCAGAGAAGUUUUAGAGCAGCUCUCUAAGGAAUAUUUUUUGGAAAAA